AUGGCACUAUUAUACGCACAGGCCGUUCUAUACCUUUUCGCGAAAGAUCUCGAGAUUCAGGUCGGUAAUGCCAUCUUUAUGAAGAAAGGAACUUCUUUUGAUAGUCCUUACAAUACACUGGCCAAGGAUCUAUAUCAAAGCAAAUUGCAACAGCUGGACUUCGAGGCAAAUGAAGCGGCCGCCGUGAAGAUCAUCAACAACUGGAUUAGCAACGUGACACACCGUCGAAUUUUGGAUAUUGUCACCCAUAUAAGCCCCGAGACAUCGAUGUUGAUGGUUAAUACUCUCUACUUCCGAGGACUCUGGGAGGACGCAUUCCAACCGAUGGCUACCAAGAAUCGACCUUUCUUCCCAAAUGGUCUUACUGAGGGUUCGAUCGAUGUGCCUAUGAUGGCCAAGAGUGGCUGCAUGCCAUACUACUUCUGGCCGGAGGAGAACAUCCACCUUCUGGGUAUACCGUACAAGCAGAACGUUACAAUGUACAUCCUCAUGCCGACGAAUUCGACCCGCAGUUUGGUACAAGAGCUCCAGGGGAAAAUCGAUGCGAAUACGAUGAACAAUUUGAUUGCGAGAAUGCGAAUGAAGUCCGUCACCCUUCUGUUGCCGAAGAUGCGCUCGUCUAACGCAAUCAGUCUAAAAGAAGUGCUAGAGCAACUGGGCGCACCUUCUAUGUUUAAUCACGAUGAGGCAGACCUAUUUCGUCUAUUUCGUUGGAUCAAUGAAGACGAACGAUAUGAUUCAUAUGGGGACCUAUUGAGUAUACUGCAAGAUACCAAGGAGAACGCAAUACGCAGGCUGCAUCAACGAAACGCAAACUGUACGAAUUACUCCAACAUCGGAGUUGGGCGUUCAGCUUGUUACACGGGUGUACUAUGUGAGUGGGGUGCGGGCUCGUGUGUCUGCUGCUUAGAAAUCGAUCAGGAAGAUGAUUUCCGACGACGUCGGCGAGACACUUCUUUCACCAUAGCAAACGAAAACCAAACAAUCCUUUACGUGAGUGAAAUGCUGCACAAGGUGGACCUGACCGUGAACGAGGUCGGUACGGAAGAAGGCGCUGCCACGACCACGAAUACCGAUCAAAUUGUCUCGCAGAUCACCUUUAGCAUCAAUGGACCCUUCGUAAUGGUGAUUCGAGAGGAAACUACCCGUUUGCCACUGUUCUACGGGACUGUGUACGAUCCGAAGUAG